AUGGAGGACCUAUCCCUCACCCUCUUCGCGCCGCUCUCCAAUGCAUCACAAAAGGGGAGUGGCUGCUCCCUGCCGAGCGGCGCGGACUUCCAUUACUACAUGAUGAACCCCGCCUAUAAGGCCAGGGUGUUGGCCCUGAGGAGCACGGUGCAGAAGACUGCACAACGCCCCACCUCCCACGGACGCUGGACCCCCGAUGGCACGGGCCCCAAGUCGCAGCUGGCGUUCGAGGACGGGGUGGACAACGCCAAUGUCCGGGCCGUGCUGAGCACGCUGAGGUACCAGCCAUGGCAGACGGAGGCUGCGCCGCCCCAGCUCCCCCUGGGAUUCGACACGACGCCCUACACCUUUGUGGACACUCCGCAAGGGCUGCGGGAGAUGGCUGUCAAGCUGGAGGCGGCACGCGAGAUUGCGGUGGACCUAGAAGCUCACUCAUACCGCUCCUUCCAGGGCUUCACCUGCCUCAUCCAGCUGUCCACGCGGGCUGCGGAUUAUGUCGUGGAUGCGUUAGCCCUGCGCAGCCACAUCGGCCCCCUCCUGGGGCCCAUCUUUGCCGACCCUGGCAAGCUCAAGGUCCUGCACGGCUCAGACUGUGACAUCGUCUGGCUGCAGCGGGACUUUGGCAUCUACGUGGCCAAUCUCUUUGACACGGGCCAGGCGGCACGCGUCCUGCAGUACCCGGGCCAUGGGCUGGCUUUCCUCAUGGACCACUUUUGUAGCAUCAAGGCGGACAAGCGGUACCAGCUGGCCGACUGGCGGCAGCGGCCGCUGUCGCCGGAGAUGGAGGCAUACGCUCGGGCGGACACCCACUACCUCCUUUUCAUCUAUGACAAGAUGCGGGAGGAGCUGCUGGCGAGCAAGGAGUCGGUGCCACCCCACUUGGCAGUUGACCUGCCCGAGCACGGCCCCAGCGGGGCCCUGGGCACUGUGCUGGAGCGCUCCCGCACGCUGUGCAUGCUGCAGUACGAGCGCGAGCAGUGCAGGGAGGACAGCUUCCUGCAGGCCGCACUGAAACUGGACGUGGUCCUGUCCGGUCCCCAGCUGGCCGUCUUUGAGGCGCUGUACAACUGGAGGGACGGCGAGGCGCGCACACAGGACGAGUCCCCCGGCUUCAUUUGUCCUCGGGCCCAGCUGGUGGCCCUGGCCCUGGCCAUGCCCACCACGGGCCCCGAGGUCGCGGCGGCGCUGGGCCGGCGCGCGCGCUACGUGCUUCUGCGCGCACGCGAGGUCGCGGCCGUCGUGGCCGGCGCGGCGGCGCGCCAGGCGCGCGUGGAGGAGCUGCGCAGGGAGUACCUGCUGGCCGGCGGCCGGGCGCAUAAGAACCAGGCGGGGCCGGAGGAUGUCGCACGGGUCGAGCCUGAGAGCAGAGAACCGGAGGACGCAGCGACCAACGCCGACCCUGAGCUCGCCACUCCGGGCCCAGCGCCCACAGCCACACUGGAGCCUGCCGCCGGCUCCGCAAAGCGCGCGCUGCGCCCGCGUGGCAUCAAGCGCCCGCUGGUCCUCGGGUCAACGGGGAAGGGCCUGGGCGCCGCGCUCAUCGCGGCCGGGGCGGUGCCGCGCGCGCUGGCGGCCAUCCGGGCCUCGCUGACCCUCCCUUUUGCGAAACAGCCGGCGGGUGUGGCAGAUGGCGAGGCGGCAGAGGCACCAAGUGCCCAUGCCCCGGAGGAGGCGAAAGCUACUGAGGGGGACGCACUGGAGCAGGCAGAGCCCACCACGGCGGCAGAGGUGCGGUCGGCCAUGGAGGCAAUGCGCGGGGUUGCGGCCCCUGCUGGACCCCGGGGACCGCGCGAUGACCUGGCAGACUACCUUCCCCUGUCCCUGAACGAGCGAGCGGGGAAGAAGGCGAGGCAGUACGAGGCGGGACGGCGCCAUGCCGCCGCCCGCCUCGCCGCAUCAGAGGGCGGCGACCCCACCCCAGGCGCUGAAAGGGGGUUUCAGGCCUUCGACUACAGCACCGCCAAGGAUGCCUUCAAGAAUACCAUUCCCAGAGGUGGCAUGUACAAUCCCUACGGCGGCGGCGACUCUGGCAUCAAGCCGGGGAAGAAAAGUUCUGUCAACCCUCGCAGCGGGAAUCGGAGCGCCUCCUUCCGAGGCUCCCAUGACGUGGGCAUGGAAGGCCUGUCUUCCAGCCUGAGCGCGAAAGUGAGCUUCAAGGCUCUCGCCCCUGCCGCGUGCCCCACUCCCCGGAAGACCCCCGACUACGAGUCGCUCUACAGCCAGGUCGGCAAGGCCUGCCAGCCCGGCAUCCUCAGGACGCUGGUCGCGGAGUUCUCCAAUGUCCCGGGCGUCGUCAGCAUGGCGGGAGGGCUCCCCCCCCCCGACGUCUUCCCCAUCGCGGAGAUGAGCGUGCGCCUGCACGACGGCACCGUGGUGGACGUCCCCGACCUGGGCGUGGCCCAGCAGUACAACCUGACCCUGCACGGCCUGCCCGCGCUGCGCGCCUGGGCGGAGCGCGAGGUGGCGGCCCGCCAGCGCCCCGCCUGCGCGACCGAGACCAUGAUCAGCAACGGCGCCAACCACGCGCUGGAGAUGAUGUGCAACGUGUUCCUGGACGCGGGGGAUGCGCUGGUGCUGGAGGAGUACCACUACCCCGUGGUCACGGAGGGGCACACGUUGCCGCGCGGCGUGGAGGCCCUGGGCGUGGCCAUCGACGCGCAGGGCAUCGUCCCCGCCAGCCUGGAGGCGAACCCGACGGGCGCGGUGGUGACCCGCGAGCGCAUGGCCGCGGUGUACCGCCUGUGCCGCCGGUACGGCCUGCUCAUCCUGGAGGACGACCCCUACUACUACCUGCAGUACCCGGCCGGCCCGGAGCACGUCCCCGGCACCGACCUGGCGCCGGGCUACCUGUCCCUGGACCUCGACGGCCGCGUGGUGCGCGUCGACACCUUUGCCAAGAUGAUGGCGCCGGGGCUGCGCCUGGGCUGGAUCACGGGCCCGCCGCCGGUGGUCGCCAAGCUGCUGUCCUGCAUCUCCUACUCCACCGCGGGGCCCUCCACCAUCUCCUCCGCCAUCGCCCUGGCCGUGCUGCGCGCCUGGGGGCCUGCGGGGUACGAAACCCACAUCCGCGCCAUCCAGCGCCACUACGCGGCCAAGGCCGCCGCCGUGCACGCCGCGGCGCAGCGCCACCUCGCCGGCCUUGCCGACUGGGAGCAGCCGCGGGCGGGCAUGUUCCUCUGGAUCACGCUGCGCGGCAUCCCCGACUCGGCCCGCAUCUGGGAGGCCAUGCGCGAGGCCAAGGUCGUGGCGGUGCCGGGGGGCGCGUUGAACGUCAGGGCGGGAACGCCAGGGUUCGCAUCCCCCGCCAUGCGCAUCUCCUUCUCCUACAACACGCCGGAGCAGGUGGAGGAGGGCCUGCGCCGCCUGGCGGCCGUCAUCCGCUCCGAGAUGGGGGGCGCGCCGGCCUGA